GGGGCGGGACUGGCCGGGGCGGGGAGCACGGCAGGGACCUGCCUCCUCGGCCUCCGCCGCCUGGUCCCCCCGUUCCGGCCGGCUACCAGCGGCGUGCUCCUCGGCUUUUUCUCCACCGGCUGAGAGCUUGCCAUGUGGCAAUGUUGCCCCGACUGCUCAGCGCCCUGGCCAGAUCUCACUGCAUUUUGGCAAAAGCCUGCCUAUGUCUGCGAUUUGUCCAUCGGGUGGCAGGUCCCCAGAGGACAUUACAGACACCACUCAGCAGCACCCCAAAAAGAUGUUCAAACACAGAACUUCCCUCUUCUGCCCUGGCAUUGACUAAGCUGCUGGAGUGGGCAACAGGACAAAAAGUGACCCAUGGGCACUUGCUCGAACGCUCGAAGGCCUCCUGCUGCCUGAGUGAAGACAUGAACCUGCCUGACGCCAGGUCUUCAGCAUCUCUUGGGAAAACAACACCCCAAGCUCAUCUCCUCUUUUCUAAAUGGCUUCUGACAACAUUGAGGAGACCCUACUCGUCUCACUCCCCAGAAACUCUGGUCCCUAAAGACUUGCCCCAAAUCAAGCGGCCACUAAAAGCCUCCAGGACCAGGCAACCAUCCAGGACCAACCUCCCUGCCCCAUCUGUGAAUGAGGACCUGAUGCACUGCAUGGCCUAUGCCACAGCAGACGAGUACCACCUUGGAAACCUCGCCCAGGACCUGGCCGCCCAUGGAUAUGUGGAAGUGACGAGCCUGCCUAGAGAUGCAGCGAAUAUCUUGGUGAUGGGGGUGGAGAAUUCUGCGAGAGAAGGGGACCCUGGAACCAUGUUCUUCUUCAGGGAAGGAGCCUCUGUUUUUUGGAAUGUGAAAGACAAAACUAUGAAGCAUGUGAUGCGGGUGCUGGAGAAGCACGAGAUCCAGCCCUACGAGAUCGCUCUGGUCCACUGGGAGAACGAAGAGCUCAGCUACACAAAGACCGAAGGCCAGUCCAGACUCCAGCGUGGGGAGAUCAGGCUGAACUCAGAGCUGGACCUGGAUGACGCCAUCCUUGAGAAGUUCGCCUUCUCCAACGCACUCUGCCUCUCAGUGAAGUUGGCCAUCUGGGAGGCGUCGCUGGACAAGUUCGUGGAGUCAAUCCAGUCAAUUCCCGAGUCUUUAAAAGCUGGGAAGAAAGUAAAACUGUCUCACGGAGAAGUUAUGCAGAAAAUUGGUGAGCUUUUUGCCCUGAGACACCGUAUAAACUUAAGCUCAGACUUCUUGAUUACUCCUGAUUUCUACUGGGACAGAGAAAAUCUGGAAGAACUGUAUGAUAAAACCUGUCAGUUCCUUAGUAUUAACCGCAGAGUUAAGGUCAUGAAUGAAAAACUCCAGCACUGCAUGGAGCUGACUGACCUGAUGCGCAACCACCUCAACGAGAAGCGGGCCCUGCGCCUCGAGUGGAUGAUCGUCAUCCUCAUCACCAUUGAGGUAAUGUUUGAGCUGGGACGAGUAUUUUUUCAAAUCAAGUGAUAACCAAAAGGAAAUUGCAAGACAGACUCAGGUUCUACAAUCAACAAAAUGUUCAUAUUGGGGAGAGGUGUCUUAUUUAAUAAGUAUUUAAUUUUUGCAAUCAGGAGAUUGUUCUAAUCUUUUUCAGUUCCGAAAUGUAUUGCUGCUUAAAUAAAAUGUAUGAAUAUGUUGACUCCAUAAAA